GACACCGAAACGCAACGUAAACUCGAAAUGAGACACCGGGAGGAAGAGGACGACCUCUACAGACAGUUCUCGAAGAAGAGGGCAGAAGAGGAAACUCAUAUUAGUCAACAAAUUCAGGAGGAAUGGGAGAAAGAGUUGGAACGAAUCACAUCCCGAUUCCAACACGAGUUAAGUACCAAAAAGAAGCGAAUCAAUGGCGACGAGGAGAAGGCUCUGACUAUUCGGCACCAGAAAGAGAAGGAGGACUUAGAGAAGAAUAUGACCGUUAAGUUGGACCGCAAGAAGGAGUCGCUGACCAGAAAGCUGUUGGAACAGGAGAGACAGGCAACCGCUGAACUGGUCGACAAACAGAGCAAAGAGAUGAUUAAUCUUAUCUCUGAAAAGUUCAAUGAGUUCUCACAAACAAAUGUCAAGAGUUAUAUUAGUCCAGAUGAACCGCCAAUAAUGCCAUACCCGGCCCAACCGCCCCCUCCAAGUCCUCCGCUCAUAUCAAAGAUGGAUAUAUACCACGACCCAAAUGUAUUCGCAGAACUCGACCAAAUUGCUAUCAAUGUCGCUCGAGAAGAUCAGAAGACUUUCACAGAUUUGGUGCGACUGUUGAUCGGCAGUUGUAUUACAGAUGUAGAGAAGGCGAGGGCUAUAUUCCGGUGGAUUACUGUCAAGAAUUUAAAUACAAUAAAGUUUGACGACGACGCCGACAACUCGGACACACCGAUGGGUAUACUGAGGGGUAUCAAACACGGCACUGAGAGUUAUCAUGUACUGUUCAAACGGCUUUGCAGUUACGCGGGUUUGCAUUGUGUAGUCAUUAAGGGUUACUCAAAGAGUGCUGGAUAUCAACCGGGAGUCCGAUUCGAAGACAACCGGUUCCGGAACUCAUGGAAUGCAGUCUACGUGGCCGGCGCCUGGCGUUUCGUUCAGUGCAAUUGGGGGGCCAGACAUCUGGUGAACGCCAAAGAGGUGCCCAAACCUGGAAGUAAAGGCAAAUCCGAUAGUUUGCGGUAUGAGUACGACGACCACUACUUCCUCACUGAUCCCAAAGAAUUCAUUUACGAGUUCUUUCCGCUUCAACCCGAUUGGCAACUCCUCAAGACUCCCAUCACUAUCAGUGAAUUCGAAGAACUGCCGUUUGUUAGAUCCCUCUUCUUCAGAUAUGGUCUCUAUUUUACGGCCGAAGACUUGAGAGCUGUCUUAUACACGGAUAGUUCGGGCGCUUCUACAGUGCGGAUAGGAAUGCCUACUAAUAUGACUCCAAGUCUUAUAUUUCACUACAAUCUUAAGUUUUAUGACCGCGAAUCUGAUUCGUUUGAUGGCAUCGGACUCAAGAGAUUUGUAAUGCAGUCAGUUGUGGGAAAUAUGGUCUCAUUCCGAGUACACGCGCCCUGUAGUGGGGCUUUCAUUAUGGAUAUCUUUGCCAACGCCACCACUCCUCGAGAGUACGUGACGGGAGAGCCCAUGAAAUUCAAGAGUGUCUGCAAAUUUAAGAUCGAUUGCGACGAUCUGCAGACAGUUAUGGUCCCAUUGCCUGACUGUGCGAGUGGUGAAUGGGGACCACUGAAGAGUACCCGACUCUUUGGACUCAUUCCUCUCACACACGAAGACGCGUUGAUAUUCUCCGACAGAACUCUGGAAAUACAGUUCCGAAUGUCCCGACAGUUGACUGAUUUCAUGGCCUCUUUGCAUAAGAAUGGCAUCGAAGAGAAGAAGCUCUCGAAGUUCGUGUCGGCGCACGUCGAGGAAGACAUCGUCUCCUUCUUCAUCAAAUUCCCCGAAGAGGGUCAGUACGGACUCGACAUCUAUACCCGAGAAGUGAGUUCAGAGUUGUUGAAGGGAGACAAACAACUACUGACCCAUUGCUGCAAAUACCUCAUUAAUGUGGGCUCUAAGAGGUUAUAA